AAAUGGUUGAACGUGGGAACUCUAGGGUUACCGUCAUUUCUAUUUGCAGCCAAUCUGAGUUGGGAAGUUACCAGAGAUUUGAUCGAAAAGAUGAUUUACGAUGUCAACUCCGUUCUCUUCAGAUCUUUCCUGAGCUCCAAGUUCUCUACCGACAAAAGGAGAGGCGAGGACAAGCCAAGAGAACAGAAGCCCAAAGCCAGCGACAACAAGCCUGUGAUGAAUGAAUAAGAUUUGUCCUUGUGUUUCGAUGUUACGUUUCUAUGUUCUAAAAACAUUUUCAGUUUGAAUUCUUCAUCUUUACUUAAUUAGCUUUUGAUCA